GAUUCACCUGCUUACCUAAAUUUCGUUUCGUAUUAUAUGGCCGAGAUACGUCAAUUUGUGCGUUACCCAUAAUAUAGAUUUCAAUCGCUUCUGCAAAGCUGUUUAGAAAAAAGAGACGUAUUUUUAACUGCAUGUUGUGUCUCACAUACUGACUACAGCGAGCUUUUUCACAAUGUGGCUCUAUGUCAUCACCAUAUUAAUUGGUUAUUGGACCUUAAAAUGGUUCUUAGAGAGGUUAAAGGUGGGCAAUUAUGGUGAAAAGUACGUCUUAGUAACCGGAUGUGAUUCAGGAUUUGGACACCUUUUAGCAAAAAGAUUAGAUGGUUUAGGAUUUCAUGUUAUUGCUGCCUGUCUGAAACAAGAUGCUGCAGCUGAAUUGAAGAAGAAGUCAUCCGAACGUCUUCAGACACUUCAAUUAAAUGUUACGUCCGAAGAUGAUAUCAAGACUGCACUCACCAAAGUGAAGUCAAUUUUACCUCCCAAUAAAGGUCUAUGGGCUGUUGUAAACAAUGCCGGUGUAGGUGGUGGUUUUGGAACUGUAGAAUGUUUAAACAGAAAAGACUACACAGAUAUAAUGGAUGUUAAUUUAUUUGGUGUAAUUGACGUCACAAAAACGUUUUUACCACUGGUGAGAAAGGAAAGAGGAAGGAUAGUAAAUAUGGCCAGCGUGUCUGGACGUUUAUCUGUGACGUUUACUCCUUACUGCAUCGCCAAAUAUGGAGUGGAAGCUUUCUCCGAUAGCUUAAGACGAGAGAUAUACCACCAGGGUAUUAAAGUGAGCAUAUUAGAACCAGGUUGUUUUAAAACAAAUAUACUCAACCCAACGAUGAUCAAGGACAUUUAUCAUAGAACAUUCCAGCAAGCAGAUGCUGAUUGUCAACAGUAUUAUGGUGAAGAGUUUAUCAAAGAAUGUAUCAACAACCUGAUCAGAUCAUCUAGUUCACCAGGGGACAUCAAUAUGGUGAUAGAUGCCUAUGAACACGCCAUUACUGCCAGAUACCCAAAAUAUAGAUAUAUUGUUGGGAACGAUGCUAAUUACAUCCACCGAUUUUUAUGGACUGUUCCAGAAUGGCUGUCUGAUUUUAUUUUGUGCUACAAUGCCCCUCGGCCGGCAGGGAUCAAAUAAAUCAUUGCUUCAACUUCACUUCUUGUUUCAACCAUUAUGUCAUUUGUAAAUUGAUUGUGGAAUCUCAAGUGCUGCCGUUUGUAUGGAUAUAUUGUUUUUCAUAAAAUACAGCUGAUGAUUUUUUGUAUAAUUCUGAAAUUUCAGUGAAAUGUUAUUUAAAGUAGCUAAGUCUCUAACUCAUUAUCAUCCAAAGUCUUCGACAUUAAAAACACAAAUCAUUUGUCAAUUUAAACCAACAUUGAUGCUGUAAUCUUACCGGAAAAGGAUUGGCUUCUGAUAUCCAAUAUUUAAGACAAAAUAAACAAUUUACCAUUGUGACGGUUAGCCAGUUCUGGACACUCGUUUAUUAAAAGUACACUUUUAAUUAUU